AACGGGAUAAAGGCAGAUGAUGAAAUACCAGUAGAGAUGAGUCGAGAUGACUGCCAUCACAACCACUGGAGCUUCUAGUACAAGUCCUUGGCUUCCUCCAAAGAAGGAAAGAAAGAAAAGAACAAAAAGUCAACGUUGUGCGAUGCGUGGUGGCAGGGCGUGACUGUUUUUCAUUCAAUCACGAGAAAGCAACUGACGUCAGACAGUUUGAGUCAAGAAUUCUCAUUAUUCGUGACUGACACUGACGCCACCGACCUAAACCACAGGACGCGUGGAGCCUUGGAGGCAACGAACGACAUAGCCAAGUUGAAGGCACUCAAGAACUCAAAUUUGUGAGGAAGCAAGAGCAAGCAAGUUGAACAGCCAUCAUCGAUCGACAGAGAGAGAGAGAAAUCAACUCUGUAUCCCAAGAGAGAAGAUAGCUCCAGCUAGCAGCAAGCUGGACUCUACUGUAGUCACCCAGAGCCUCACUUUUUCGCCUCGUCAGGCAACUUUUUGUGGGUUGGAGCUUUCCUUGUCAUACAUCAUCAUACCCAAGAAUACAUCAAAGAUUCUUUAGGAACGUCAGAUAGAUACCCCCAUCCAAAAAACACAAAACAGAUAUAAGAUGAGAUUUCACUACGCCGCCCUGGCACUGCUACUGGCCACUAGCCACCAGAAUGCGGAAGCCUUUUCCAUUCGUCCCGCUCCAUCGGCCUUUAUCCCCCAAUACAGCAUGGUCCCACAAAAGCCGAGAAAAACUACCAUGGGUGCCACCCUGACCAUGUUUUCCGAAACAUCCGGGGGGUACGAAGAACUACAGGAAUUGGCAACCAACGAGGAACAAUCCAAAGCAGCCAGUCUCUUUCGAAAAUCACCCAGUUUUUGGAAAAUUGCAGGAUUGGCCACCAUCCCCGUCUCGGCGGCCUUGGGAUUUGGACUCGUACCCAGUCGACGCAUUGCCGCUCAUGCCGUGGGAGCCGUGGCGUCGGGAAUUGCCGGUGCCGUGGGAAAGAGUCGAUUGGAUGCCGCACUCGUCGAUAGUUGUUCCAAACCUGCCAUUGCCGAAGCACUACUCGAAGCCGCCGAAGGAGGAUACCUCAAAAAUCCAAAGGAAACCGCCACCAAAGUGCAACAAGUACAACUGGAAUAUGGCAUUCUAGAUGAAGAUUUUGAUAUUCUCUGUACCGAUGUUUACACACAGUUCAUUUUGGGCAUGGUCAAGUACCAAUUCCAGGCCAAAACAAGUGAACUCAAAGAGUUGGAAGCCAUCAAGGUGGCCCUCAGUCUCGAUAACCUUCAAGUCGGAGAAGCCCAUGCCAGUGCCGCACAAGAACUAUACCGAACCAUCACACAGACCACACCCGAAGACGAAUUGGACGACCCCGAAAACACCGAUCGUAUGUCCAUUGACAAGUUCUUGUUCUUGACCGAACGCACGCUGCGACAGGGAGGAGAAACACAAGAAGCAUUCGUCUUUGAAAUGACUAGAGUCGCCAAAGCCUUGAAACUGGAUUACGCCACGGCAUUGGACCGAGUAGCCGACGCUGCCGAGCCAUUCUAUCAUCGGGCUCUGCAAUCCACGCGAGAAAAGUUGGAUACCGAUCAAGUCUCUGCCGGCAUGUUGGAACGGGCACGAAAGACCUUGGGAGUGUCCGAUGCUACCGCCAAGGAUUUGCACGUGGCUUGUCUCAAUGAAGAAGUCCGAGCGCUUUUGGGCAAGACGGCGGCUUCGUCCGAUGAUGAGGACGACGAAAAGGAAGAUUCGGCGGCUGCUGGAGACUUGUCGACUGUCAAGUUUGCAGAUGGAACCAUGGAACGGCUGAGCAAACUCAGUGAAAUUCUGAGCUUGACAGAGAGCGACGUUAAUUACGAAAUCACUGUAGAGGCGACACCACUCUAUCAAGCCACUGCCCUGGAUGCGAUGAAAGACGUUCUUUCCUUAAGUAAAUCACCAUCGGAUGCAUGGGAAAUUAUGGAGGCACGUCGAGACGAACUCUUGUUGGAUGAGGACGCCACCAAGAGCCUCAUCUCGUCCAUGGUCAUGCAAGCACUCGGAGGUCCCCUGGAGGCAACAAACAAGUUUGCCAAAGUCAACAAUGAAGCUGCAACUUACGAUAACCUCAUCGAGGCUCUUGAAGCCAAGGAGGCUCUUAUUUCCGUUUUGACAAAGUCUGGAUGGAACGAGUUUGACAACUUUGAUGAAACCUUUUGCAAUCCUUGGGACAAGCAGUCUGCCAAUGGGUUUUUACAGUCGGAUGAGCGCAUCAAGCUCUACCGCAUCUUUCUCAAUCGCUCGGUCCGCAAUAGCGAGGACGGCCGACUCACAGAUGAAAUGCACGAAAAGGUAACAGAAGUCAAAGGGCUCCUUGGAAUCUCGGACGAACAAUCGGAAAUCGAGAUUCGGGCUGUCUUUGGCCCCCUGUUGCAAAAGGCCUUGCACAAAGCAACAACUGAGAUUGUAGAAGAUUAUACUCCAGAGCUGGUGGCUAACAUGCAAAAGGAAGUUGACGAAGUCAUGACAAACUACCGUCUGAGUGAAAAGUUCUUGCAAGAGGUUGGGGCAUCGUUUUAUGCCAAGGCUGUGGCACUUGUCCACGAAAAGGAUCCUGGUGGCAUUCCCUCUAAGGAAUCCGUAGAUGCCCUUGAAGCCCUUCGUAGCAUGGUAAAUCUCCCUGCCGAGGAUACGUACCCUUCUCACAUGGAGUUCUUUGGGAGUACUUAUCGCAAGAGUGUCUUGGAGGCCAUGGGUUCCACUGGAGUUAUUCGCGAAGAGUUCCGCCCCCCCCUUAAUGACCUGAGAGACAGACUCGGGGUUUCCGAAGAAAACUGCAAAGAGAUCUUCCUGGAAGCCGUCAAGGAGAAGAUGGUGCCCAUGGUUGAAUGGAUUGUGAGCGAGUUCGAACGUACACAGCUUACGCAAAAGCAGCUUUCGGAUCGUCGCAAGAAGGACAUGGGCGAGGAUCUCUUCCAAACUGGCAAGGGUGCAACGGGAACUCUUGGCCUUGGCGCUGAUGUCAACCUCAUGAGCGACAUUAUGAACUUGGUUGACUUUUAUGAAGAGAACGACAUAGCCGAGAAGAAGGAAGUUGGCACUAAGGCCGUCGAAGGAAGUGACGGCGAGUCUACAGAGGAGGUGCCUGUGUUCGAAACCACGUUCCCCGUCACCGGAUUGGGAGCCAACGCUUUGGACCAGGAGGUAGCCGAGUUGCUCUACAGACAAUUUGUUGUAGGUGCCUUCACAAGCCAGGGUCCUCAAGCUUCUAGAUAUGAGGAAGCCAGAGCAACCUUCGGAGGAAUCCUGGGUCUUACCAGCGAAAAGAUGGAAGAAAUCAAUGGCAGCAUUGGCGAUGCUGUCUACGACAACUUUGUUGCAAACUCGAUGAAGACUAAGGGGUCUUUGGAUCAACAGGACAUGAUGUUCCUGGCAAAUAUCCAAGGAAAGCUUGGCCUAUCAUCUGAGCAAAGCGAGAAAAUGCUGCUAGCAUCUCAGAAGAAGAUCUUGUCGGAGGAAAUCACUGUGCUCAUGGACGAGCCAACACCUGAAGGCAUCAAGGCAUUCCGAGAAAAGUGCAAUGGCAUGGGCAUCGAUCUGGUCGAGGACGUUGGCAUCUCGAAGCAAAGGCUCGGUCGAAUGUUCGAGGCUGAAAUCAUUCCCGGUCUCAAGAGCGGUGACAUCACUGUUGACAAGGCCGACGUGCUUGUAGAGAUCCAGGAGAGUUUCGGCAUUGACGAAGAAGAGUGCGAAGCCAUGUUUGAGGGUUUGUUGCUCCGUUUAUCAAAGAGUGCCCUCGAUCUCAUCAAGGGCGAGCUCAUGAGGGGUCGCGAAGAAAUGACAGUUGAUUUGAUCAAGGAGCUUGUGAGAUACGCUGCCUUUACCGAUGGUGAAUUGGGUCUUGUGGUGGAUGAGGCUACAGGUAACCAAAUCUUCAACGUCUACGAGGCAUUCGAUUUCACAGGGGAAAGCGAGGAAACCGUCGAGACCAACAAAGGACUGCUUAAGGAGGCACUCGGCCUGUCGCAAUAAGUUAGUCAGCCAUAGUUCAUUGUGUAUUUAGCUAAAGAUGUUUAGGAAAGUUCUACGAAUG